GCGGGAAGACAGAAAAUAGAAGCUGAAGGGUUUUUCGCUGACAGAUUCACAGAGUUAUUUGCAAACAAAAUUUCUUAGCAGCAAAAAAAUCGUUUUGCAAAUCCUUCAAUCAGCAUGACCUGAAAGAGCUAACGCCAAUAUUGGUAUAAUCACCAUGAAAAUAAGUAGCUUCGCCAAUUUUUUAUGCUCUCAUGAAAAGAGAAGGGAAAUCCAGUUUAUAGCGAAUGCAUUCCAACGAGUCAAAAAUUUCAAUGUAUCCCUUGGCUGGGUGGUUAUGCAAAUGAUAUUUUGCUUUCAAUCUUAAUUUCUCUGCUUGAAAGUGAGAAAUAUGCAUCGAUUUUACUGGAAUUGAAGACAAGGCAUUUAUUGCAUUCUCCAAACAUCCAUGGCAUCCUCUAGAAUUUCUGGAAAUAAAAGAACAAGAUUUAGUAGCAGUUUUGGUUCUUCACCAGCAUUUGGGCAACCGGGCUCCAGUUCUUUUGGGCAACCUGGCUCCAGUUCUUUUGGGUCACAACCAACUUUUGGACAACAAAAUAGUGCAGUUAAUAAUUCUUUUGCAGCAAGGCCUUUCCGGACUACAAGUCCUUUUGGUCCACAGACUGGAAGUACAUUGUUUGGGGGCAAUUCCAAUGACAUUUUUGGAGCAUCACCAAGUCCCUCACUUGUAUUUGGAGUAUUUGGGUCACCAAAGCAUGCUCAAUCAAGUCCUUUCGAAACUAAUUCUGAAAUACAACCAGCUUUUGGUCGUAACAGGGCAACUCCUCAAUCGGCUCCAGCAACAUCGAGUAGCCCUGGAUUUGGCCAUUUUGCAUCAGCUUCAGCUCCAAUUGGAUUUAGCAGUUUUGCAUCGGCUCCUAUUUUUGGUGCAACAUCUACUCCAGCAACAUCGAGUAGCCCUGGAUUCAGCAGUUUUGCAUCGGCUUCGACUCCGUCUCCGACUCCGUUAAUUGAUUUGGUAGUUUCGCAUCGGCUCGAGCUCCUGGCAGUUUUGCAUCGGCUUCAACUCCGAUUGGAUUUAGCAGUUUUGCAUCGGCUCCUACUUUUGGUGCAAAAUCUACUCCAGCAAUUGGAUUUGGCAUUUUUGCAUCGGCCCCUGCAUCGACUCCAACAUUUGGGAGUAACCCAUCAUUUUCUUCUUUCGGUGGGCCAAAUCUAGGAAGUCAACAAACUGCGGGUGGUCUUUUUUCUCAGCCAACACAAUCUAGCCUCAUCACCAUCUUCUACCUCUCCUUUUGGCACAUCGAGUCCUCCAGUGUUUGGUGAUACCCCUGUUAGCCAAUCUUCUAACUUUAGAUCCUUAUUUGGUUCAACUCCAUCAUUAAGGCCAAGUCUUGCAUUUGAAUCAAGUACCUCCUUUGGAAAUAAUCAAUCAUCUACACCUAUUUUUAGCCAAAAUACUCCAGCCUUUGGCCAAUCCCAACAAGCAUUUGGCGAGUCCACACCAGCAUUUGGAACCACCUUUAGUUCUUCAUUAGGUAAUGCAUUUGAACCAUCAACAACACCGCCAAGUUCUCCAGCAUUUGGUGCUGCCUCUUUUGGCCAAUUUUCUCAACCCAUAUCUUUAUUUGGUUCAACUCCAUCAUUAGGGUCAAGUCCUGCUUUUGGAUCAAGUACUCCUUUUGGAAACACUUGGUUCCAAUUUUCUACACCUGCUUUUGGCCAGACUAUACCAGCCUUUGGCCAGUCCCAACCAGCAAUUGGUCAACCAACACCAGCAUUUGGUGCUACCUCUUUUGGCCAAUCUUCUGAGCCUAGAUCUUUAUUUGGUUCAACUCCAUCAUUAGGGUCAAAUCCUGCAUUUGGAUCAAAUACCCCAUUUGGAAACACUCAAUCAUGCGGACUGUUCCAAUCUGCUACACCUGCUUUUGGCCAGACUAUGCCAGCCUUUGGCCAGUCCACACCAACAUUUGGCAAAUCCACGGCAACAUUUGAAAUCUUUGGUAGAACCUUUGGUUCUUCAUCAAGUGGUGCAUUUGGAUCAUCAACUACAUCAGCAUUUGGGAGUAACUUAUAAUUUGGAUGUACUCCAUCUUCUUUUGUUGCUUCCAGUUUUUUGGAUGCUGCAUCAAUUCCAUCGUUUGGGCAGACCACCUUUGGACAACAUGCUCAGAACAUGAUAGUUAUGGUACCACCACCGGUUAGUAAUCCUUUUGGCCCACCAAUGUCUCAGAUGUCUAUUGUCCGGAGUGCAGGAUCUGCUCCACGUAUUCAGUAUGGAAUAUCUAGCAUGCCUGUUAAUGAAAAACCUCUUCAUGUAAAGACAACACCACUGCGGAGUGCAAGAUCUGCUCCACGUAUUCAAUAUGGAAUAUCUAGCAUGCCUACAACACCACUGUCCACUACACCUCGUAUAGCUCCAAGGCCAAGAAUCCCCAUGCAUUCACGAAGAUAUAAUCCUAAAAAGAAUACUCCCAAGGUAUCAUUUUUGGAUCAUAUUGAAGAAGCAACAAACAUUCCAGAUGCCAUGUUCUCCAUCCCUAGGGAAAAUCCCAGGGCAUUAUUUAUUCAACCGUCUGAACAAUCUUCUCCCUCUAUGGUGCUCAAGCCAGCUAUAAACUUUAAGGAAGUGGCUGUGCCUAUUAAUGAUCAUGGAACAAUGGGACAAGAUGGCAAUCUGACACGGUUAAUUGAAAAUGAUGCAUCUGCACAAGAACCUAAAAGUAUGUUUUUAAACCUUAAUAGAUAAAGUACAACUUUUUGUGAUCA